AUGUCUGACAGAUCUUCGUGCGAGUACAGUGAAAGGGCUGGGGAAGCUAAGGAGAAGAACAAUGUCUCUAAGAAGAGUUUGCUGUUACUACUUUCGAUCAACCUUGUUUACUUCGUUCAAGUUGCCAAUGUUGUUGGAUCUGGUGCAUUGACCAGAGACAUCUCCGCUGUUGUUGGCGGCUCCAAUGACUCGGUCUGGUACAGUGAAGUCAUCGCAAUCUUGACAGCUCUUCUCGGUAUCCCCGCUUCUCAAGCCUCCGAUCUCUGGGGUCGCAAGAGGAUACUCGUUUUCUUAACGAGCUGUGGCUUUAUCGGUUCCCUCAUCAUCGCUAAAGCUUCAUCUUCCGGCACGGCCAUCGCUGGGUUUGCCUUCUCAGGUAUUUCGUUCGGUGCGCAACCACUUCUCCACGCCAUUUCCUCUGAGGUCGUCGCUCGCAAGUAUCGUCCUUGGGCACAGGGAAGUAUCAAUGUUGCUGCUUCUCUAGGAGCAAUAGUUGGUCUUUUAAUAGGUGGCGUAUUGACUAGACAUGAACAUCAUGAUGGCUUCCGGGCCUACUGGUACAUGGUCGCUGGCAUAUAUGCAGUCGCGACAGUCGCAUGUCAAUUGUUUUAUAACCCGCCUCCAAGAGCCUUGGAAAUUGUCCUCAGCGUGUCAGAAAAGUUGAGAAACCUAGACUGGAUUGGAUACGGCUUCUUGACUCCAGCGCUUGUCUUCUUCUGCAUGUCUCUCGCCUGGAGCGGGAAUCCAUAUUCAUGGACUGAUGCUCAUGUGCUGGCCACAUUCCUCAUUGGCAUACUUUCUGGAGUGGCCCUUAUCGUCUAUGAGACAGUGGUCAAAAAGAACGGCAUGUUUCAUCAUCGUCUCUUUCGCGAUCGGAACUUUGCACUCGCUUUGGGCUGCAUAUUUGCCGAGGGCAUGGCAUUCCACUGUGGCAACAACUAUUUCGCCUUUGAAGUCAGUGUUCUCUUUGAAACUGAUAGUCUUGUCAUCGGUGCCCAGUACAGCAUGGCCUUCAUAGCUCUGGGUAUUUCUGCUCUCGUGAGCGGUGUAUGGUGUUCUAUGAGUAAGGCUUUACGUUUCCCGAUCAUCCUGGCUUUUGGCUUCAAGAUCCUGUUCAUGAUCCUGAUGGCUACUGUCUCCAGGUCCACGCCUCAAGCUCUCAUCUGGAUAUAUCCCAUAACUUUAGGUCUCGGAUUGGGCGUUUGCAUGCCAGCGCUGAUUACAGUAGCUCAUUUUGCAACACCUCGAGAACUGAUCGCGAUUACAUCCGGUCUCAUGAUCUCUAUUAGAAGUCUGGGAGGAUCUAUUGGCCUGGCUGUCUUCAACGCCAUCUUCUCUCAUGGACUCUCAUCUAACUUAGGACCCAAGAUAUCUCAUGCUGUCUUGCCACUUGGCUUUCCCGAAAAGGAGUUGCCUCAACUCAUACCCGCCCUUGCGCACAACGAUACAGUGGCGCUCAGAAAUAUUAACGGCAUUUCUCCAGAGAUAAUUAGCGCUGGUGUUGAUGGUCUUCUGGAAGCUUACCGUGUAAGCUUUCGCGGGGUCUGGCUGACCACUGCGAGUCUGUGUCUCGUCGCUAGCAUCGGUGAGUGUAUAAUUGAUUUCAAGUGA